AUGACGACCGAAACGAAGCAAACAAAGUCGUUCGGUCAUACGAUGCGAGACGAGUUUCUCUUUGACGAGAAGUGGACUAACCUGAAUCACGGCAAAUUACCAUACGUAGGAUCCUACGGCACCUACCCCAAAUCCGUCCGCAAAGUCUUUCUCGACUACCAACUUGCUCAAGAAUCUCAACCCGACAACUUUGUCCGUUUCAACUCUACCGCCCCUCUCCUCCGAGCCCGUCAAGCCAUCGCCGAUCUGGUCCAAGCACCACUGGAAACGGUUACCUUCGUUCAAAACGCUAGUACCGGAACAAACAUAGUCCUCAGGAACCUGGAAUGGGAAGAGGGGGAUGUUAUCCUUACUUGCGAGACCAUCUAUGGCGCGGCCAACAAGACCGUGCAGUAUAUUUGCGAGACGACCCCGGCAGAGACGGUGCAUUACGUCUUCAAUCAACCGAUGACGGAAUCUGACCUCCUCUCCGGGUUUAGAAAGAAGAUCCAGGACGUCUCCUCCGAGUCCGGGGGAAAGAGACGGGUCAAGCUGGCGGUAUUCGAUUCGAUAUCGUCCAUGCCCGGGGUGAGGUGGCCCUGGGAGAAGCUCGUCGGGAUCUGCAAAGAAGAAGGUGUACUCAGUUGUGUGGAUGGGGCUCAUGGGAUUGGAGCGAUCGAGUUGAAGCUGGGAGAGGUCGAUCCGGAUUUCUUCGUUUCGAACUGUCACAAAUGGCUCUACGUGCCUAAAAGCGUCGCCAUGUUCUACGUUCCCGUCCGCAAUCAACACCUAAUCCGAUCAACCCUCCCCACUUCGUUCGGCCUCGUCCCGAAAGACACAUCUAUCAAACCCACCAUCGUGCCGCGCCCAGACUCAGGGUUGGGAGACUCGGCGUAUAUCAGCAACUUUGCAUACUACGGGACCUUGGACAAUUCGGCCAUAUAUUGUGUGCCCGAAGCGGUGAGGUUCCGGAAAGAAGUCUGCGGAGGUGAAGAUAAGAUCAGGAGGUACUGUCGAGAGUUGGUCUGGGAAGGUUCUGAGAUCGUAGCGUCGACGCUAGGCACUCGGAUGAUGGACGUCCCCUCCCAAGAUUCUCCCAUGGCCAACGUGCUUCUCCCUCUCGCACUCACGUCAGAGGGCAAAUUGGUCCUGGACGUUAAAGCCUCGGUCGAGCCGAACAAGGCCGAGGUUUCGUCCGCUCAGAUCGUAGAUUGGUUGGGCCGGACCAUGGUCGAGCGGUACGAUACGUUCAUGGCCACUAUGGAAUACCAAGGAUCGAUGUGGGUCAGGCUCAGCGGGCAGAUUUACCUCGAACGGGAGGAUUUCGUAAAAGCGGGAGAGAUUUUGAAGACGCUUUGUGGGGAGGUCAGGGCUGGGGCCGUAGGUAGAGUGUGA